AUGUCCGAAUCAACAAGCGAUAAUUUAUUAUAUAACAAUUCAUAUUGUCCUGCUUUAUUUGAAUUUUUUUGUUGGCCACAAACUGACGCAGAUGAAUUAGUGAAUAUUUCUUGUUCUGCAUUGCGCCACCCAGGUGUUGAUUCAUCAAAAUUUUUCAGUCGAUAUUGUCUUCCAUCUGGAAAAUGGUCUAAUGUUAGCUUUGCACCAUGUUUUUAUCCGGAUAUUUUGGCUUUAUUGGAUAAAUCAUACAUUCGAAGACCACCAGAAGAAAGAGAAGUUUUCGAAAGAAUUGUUCGAGCUCUUCGUUAUUUUGAAUUAGCUGGACUAUCUAUAUCAUUGACUAGUAUUCUUAUUUCACUGUUUAUAUUUUUUUCCUUUAAAUCAUUAUACUGCAGUCGAACAAAAAUUCAUAUCAAUCUUCUAUUAGCUAUUCUCAUUCAAAUUAUUGCUCGAUUAACAACAUAUGGCCUUCAAAUGGUUCAAUUGAAAAAUUCACCGAAAAAUGAAUGCGAUGUUAAUGGGAGUGUUUAUAUGUAUCCUAAAACAGCUAUAUUUGAUGGUAUUUGUCCAUUAUUCAUUUCAUUUUUACAAUUUGGUAUAACAGCGAUGUUCAUGUGGAUGCUAUGUGAAGGAAUUCAUCUACAUAGUAUUUUAACUGUGAGUGUUUUUAAAAACCAUUUCAAAACAUAUUAUUUUCAUAUAAUUGGUUGGGUUUUACCAUUUUGUUUAACAUUAAGUUGGAGUAUCAUUAUGUUUAUCAAAGAACGUGAUCGCAGAUGUUUCAAUAAUUAUAAUCAUUUGAAAUAUUAUUGGGUGAUUGAUGGACCUCGAUAUGCAGUGAUGAUUAUCAACAUAAUAUUUUUAUUAAAUAUUACGCGAGUUUUAAUGGUUAAAAUCAAAGAAGGUUCAGAGAAACAACUACGUGAAGAUAAACGUCGCGGUUCAAUGAAUGUAAAAUCUCUUCGAAAAGCUGUUAAAGCAGCUAUUUUUCUAUUACCUUUAUUAGGUAUUACAUAUGUACUUGAAACGUUUACAUCAGCAGAUGACAAGCCGCUUACCAUAUUUGCGGUCUACAGUUCAAUAAAUGUUUUCCUGAUGACAUUACAAGGAUUUUUUUGUUCGUUACUUUAUUGUUUUCUUAAUGUUGAAGUUCGUGAAACAAUAUCUAGACGUUUAGAAACAACACAAUUUUGGUACCGUUGGAAACAAUAUCUAGGGAAAAAAGAUCAAUUUCGGAACAGAAGAGCUAGUGAGGAAAACCGAACAUAUUUAGAUCCAAAUUCAAAUUCACCAAAAAAGUCUCCGAUGGAAUUAGAAGAAUGUCAUCUAACGGCUGACAUUGAUGGAAAUAUUCAAAAUUAA